UUAUUUCUCUCUUUCAGAUAUAAAAAAUAUUUUAUAUUUAUAUUAGAGAAAUCCACACCUAAGAAAAGAAAAAUUUAUACUUCACACCCUCACAUUCCGUUUACUGAUAAAAUUAUUAAUAUCUAAUUAAUUUGUGGAUAAACUCAAAACUCAAAAGCUUGAUCUUGAAAGUAUUUCAUUUAAUUCUUGCAGCAGCAAGAAAAAUAUUUGACUUCCGCAAAUUACAACAACUUUUGCCAAAAAAUAUCUCUUAAAAGCAAUUUUCAAAUUUUUGUUUAGUUUACAAUCAGUACGAAAAUUACCACUAUGAAUUUUAUACCUCCAUUAAUAGCAAAGUUACCAAUAGUUCUGAUUUUAUUUUGAAAUACUCCAUAUUGAUAUUAACAGUGGAUGUUUUUUUUUUUUUUAAUUUUCAAAAUAAUCCAUAUACACACGGGUGUUCUAUUUAAAAAAUAAUAUAUAUUUCUUCCAUAAAAUCGGAUACAGUUCAUUAAUGGAGUUGAAAAAAGGGAAAACUUUUUAUUUUCCAUUUUCAUUCCUGUUAAAAAAUUUUGCUUGUGUUCAACUGCACAGAAAUUUAAUUUUAAAUCAGCCAGCAUAUACAGGUAGUCUUCUUGAUAUUAGAAAUAUAGUAACUGAUUUUAUCCUUAAAACUCAAUCAAUAUAUCAAUAAUAUAAUAUUUUUUGAUAUAUAGCAAUAAUUUUUUUUCGUGACAGUCUUAUAAUAUACUCAUUAUACAAGUUCUCAAAUUUCAGUUGAUUCCUGAAAUGCACAAAUCAAAAAUAAAGGGCAGAUGUAGAAUGAGAUGGAAAUACAGGCAGCAGGUAACCCAUAGUUCUACACUUCACUACUUUGCCAAUGCGCCAGGGCUCAAGUGAAUUUGAUUAACAUGUACUUGCAUUUCUUCAAUUACAGAGUGAUUCUAAAAUAUGUAGCCAAAUUUGUACAGCGAGAGAGAUCAAAAUAGAUUGUUUGGACUUAAUUUACCUAACAUAAAUUUAUUUAUUACAUUUAAGAGUAAUUUGAAAUAGAAUAUUCAAAAAGAUAAAUGAAUAUUGUCAAUGAAAAUCAGAUAUGUUUAACAUUACCAGCAAUGAUACUGAAAUAACCAGUAGUGACAAAAGAAACUGUAAAAAUUGCUUCAUUAAACUUAUUGGCCAAUAAAAGUCAAUAUGACGACAUAUGAAUCUUUCUUGCACUACGAAAGGGUAAAGAAAGCAAAUUCCUUCUUGGAUUCUGUUUUGUUCGUAUAUUUUACAGAACUAUCUCUAAAAUAUAAACCUUCAACAUUAUAUGGUUUCAUUAUUGAAGUAUGCUUAUUUCGAUCCACAUAUUUCAAGGAGUAAAUAUAGAAGUUUAAAUACAAUGCGGAACAGCCAAAUGGAAUAAAUUCAGUAGCUCAAUUAUUGUGCAUAUUUAUAAAAAGUUCCGAGACAUGUCGAAUUUAGAUUCAGAAAUGACAUCCUGCAAUGUAAAAAUUUCAUAAUUAAAUUCAACCCCCUUCGAGUGGCAGUUGCAACCCUAAAAAUUUUAAAUGGGAAGUAGGGGUUUGUGAUUCCUCACUUAAAAGAUCUUUUCAUUCUCUAUUCAGAAAUGCUAAGGUUUUCAUAUUUAUUGCAAAAAUUAACGGUCUGCUUGACAAAUUUGUUACAACAAACAAAAACAUAAAAAAGUACAGCAUUUUUUUCUUGCAUGCUAGUAAACACAAUUUCAGAGUUGUGUUAAAAAUUAUCGAUUAAAAAGAAGACAUAAACUUAUCAAAAUUGCUAAUUAAUUGACUGCAAUAUGUGUUUUAUGUAUUGUUUGAGUUUUGCUAACUGUAAUAAUUCCUAAUCAUGGUUUAUUUAAGAGGAAUGCAUAAAAUAACAAUUAUACAGAUGGUUGGUUGCGGAGAUAGAAUGUAAUCACAGUUCGAAGUUGCUCGCCUUUUUCAAGAAAAAUUUCCUAAUUCUCCACCUAUAUCCCAAUGUACAAUUAACAAAAUUGAAAAGCAGUUUCGCAAAAAUGGACGUGUAGGGCAGAUAAAAAGAAGCUUUCAAUACAAUGAGUAACAUUACCAAAAUAGAUGGACUGUUCGAGUUUGAAGAAAACCCAAAUAGUUUAAAUGGGUAAGCAACUUCAGCAUUGAAACCAUUCCUCGAUUAUUCGUGUAUUAAAAAAAAAAAAAAUGCAUCCCUAUAAACUGAACCCUACUCAGCAGCUUAAUGAGGAUGAUUUUGAUAUAACAUAUUUUUGUGAACAAGAUAACAAUGUUAUCCAACUAGAAAAUGUUUUGUUUUCUGUUGAGUCUAUUUGUACUCUUCACGGCCAUGUUAAUCGUUAAAACUGUUACUACUGGACUAAUGAAAAUCCUCACUGGAUGAAAGAAUUACAUAUGCAAAAUCCUGAAAAGGUUCAUGUUUGGGCGGAGAUAAUAAUUGGAGACCAUAUCAUUGGUCAGUUUUUCAUUGAUGGCAAUUUGAAUGGAGAUAAUUAUAUACAACAAAAUAAUGUCGUGCCAACUUUGCCAAACUUAUAUCCUGCUCAAGCAAACCUCCAAGUUCCAGCUGAUGUCAAAUGGUUCUAGCAGGAUGAAGCACCACCAUAUUACUGAAUCAAUGUCUGGCAAUACAUCACCCUAACAUUUCCUAAUCGGUGGAUAGGGAGGCAAGGAUUGCUGGAAUAGCCAGCACAUUCUCCUGAUCUCACAUCCUUAGAUUUCUUUCUAUGUGGAUAUGUUAAAAAUAUGAUAUACAAAACUAAGCCAUGUGAUACAGCUGACUUGAGAAGAAAAAUUAAUGAUUGCACCUCGGUCACGCCUCAGAUGUUGGAAAACGUUAGAAAAUAUUUUUAUUUACGAUUAAGAUACUGCCAGACCUUCAAACAACUCAUUUUGAAAAUCUCCAAUGUUGAAAUUGUGUUUGUUUUAGUUUGCUGUAAAAAAUUUUGCCAAACAAACUUUUAAUUUUUGCAAUAUGAAAACCAUAGCACUUUUGAAUAUGGUAAUGAAAAGCCCCUACUUCCUCCUUAAAAAUUUAGUUUUUUUUUUAUAAAUAUGCACAAUAAUUGAGAUUAUGAAUUUAUUGCUUUUAGAUGUUUCGCACUGUAUAAUUGCCAAAACAUUGCUAAAACAAAUUUUGAACCUCUUUCUCUAGAAAGUAUCAAUGAUUUUCUUACUAAAGCCGCUGAUAAUAAAUAUCUUGCAACAAUGGUAAGAUUUAAAUAAUUGUUUGAAAGUAUUAAGAACAAUCAAUAAUUUAUUUCUUUAAGGUUGCAGUAAUAAUCGGAAUAAAGGGUACUUGUCGGAUUAAUGAGAUGUACUGCAUGAUUUGCAAGUUCUUAAAGCAUAUUUAGUAAAUUUGUCCAACACCAAGACGAAAUUUACAGUCACCAAUAAUUAUAGCAAGUAUAUCAAAAUCAAGUUGGUACAUCAAGUCACUUCACAUUACAACAAAUUUUUUAAAUUUAAAUUUAUCAAUAUGAAAACUGGAUUAAAUAAAUUUGCCAAAAUGAAAAAAGAAACUGCUAUCUUUUUGCAAUUACCAAACCCGGAAAAAUAUUUUGGGGACAACUUUCAUAUGAAAUUUGGUUAUAAAGUUUAUCUAAUUAGAAGCAAAAAUUCAUUCAGAAACUUACAAAUAUGUUAACCAGUGGCGCAGAUACCAAGUGACAGUGCCACUAGGAGCUUCAGAGCAUCAACAUUUUUAAGGAAAACUAAUCUUUUUCAGUUUGUUUAUGGAAUAAGUGGUGUUGGAGUUCUGAUUUUUUAAAUUUUAGAAUGAAAUUACGCAAGAGGUGUUGGAGUUCUAGUUUUUCAAAUUUUAGAAUGAACUUACACAGUUAAACAAAUUUAAAAAACUAUUCGUUUUACGAAAACUGUUUAUGAGCAUUUUUAAUAAAAGCUUUUUAAUUCUGAACAGGUACAAAAUAUCAAAAUAUUUUUGCCAAUGAUUUUUUAGACUUUUGAUAUAUUAAAUUGUAUUUAAAAUGAUUUUAAAAUUUAAAAAAUCGUAAUUCUAAAAUGUUCCGUUAUUUAUUACUACAGUUGUAUAUUUCAAAAUUGCCAAUUUAAUGAUUCAAAAAACAUGUUCGUUACUUUUGUAUUAUAUUUUCACUACUAUAGCAUUAGUUUAUUCAUAAAAUAAUGCAAAACAUUUGAAAUAGUUUUGUCUAACCAUAGAUUUAACAGUAUACUAUGGAUGGAAUGUAUAGAGAAAGAGACAGAGAGACAGAGAGAGAGAGAGGUAAGGUGCCAAGAUGUAAAGUGAGAUGAAACUAUACCUUGUCCAACGAGAGAAUGGACUUGCGCUGGAACGAAAACUCGUUUGUUUUGGGUCAGACUCCGCCUAUUCAAUCCCUGCCAAGGCGCGAUUGGCUCAGUAGUUACCAGGGCCGGUGCCUUGCUUGACCCGAUCCCUACCUGGCACCUGAUACCUGAUCCCAGUUUGUAUUGAAGUGUAGCAAGUGACGGUGAUUUUAUUUAGUUACGAAAUAAGUUACAAAUCUUGUGGAAUGCGAAUAAGCGAAUAUAUAAUAGUGAUUGAAGACAAUUGUGAAAACUUAAUAACAUAAUGGCUGCUGCGAGAGAGGAAAUACCCCGAUUAUCGCCAAUUAAGAAGAAUAAAAGAGGCCAGGUAAAUAAAUAAAUACUUAUUAUAUGUGCUUUAAAACGUAUAUUAUAUUUACCAGUCAAUAAUUUAAAUUUUAUUUAUAAUUUCAGGUGGUGCAUCAAAAUCAAAAAGUAAUUGUAGUAAAAAAAGACAAUCCACAAAUGUCUUACAAAGAGACGAUUUUAGAGUUAACGAAACAAACGGGCAUUGGAAAAAAUACAGUGAAAAAUAUUAUAGCGGAGUAUAAUAGAAUCGGUCAGGUAAAAGAACCAAAUUUAAAAAAAGCUCGCCUCUCUUUUAAAGAAAAGAUCAAUGAAUUUGAUAAGAAUGCUAUAAGGAGAAAAGUGCACGAAUUCUAUCGAAAUAAGGAACUACCGACAUUGAACAAAAUUAUGCAAGCAGUAAAUGACGACGAAGACUUACCACAAUUCAAGUGAUCAACAUUUCACAAAUUGUUGCAUGAAUUGAAUUUUGUUUUUGUUAAACGACAACGAAAGAGUUUCCUUACUGAGAAAGAGGACCUUAUAAUGUGGCGCAGAGAUUACCUGCAAGCCAUAAAAAGAUACCGCGAAGAAGGUCGCUCUAUUUAUUACCUGGAUGAAACCUGGGUUAACGCAGGGGAUGUACGUGAGAAGAUUUGGAUAGACACGACGAUUAAAUCACACAGGGAUGCGUUUCUCAGAGGCUUUUCAACGGGACCUGCUAAUCCCAGUGGUAAAGGCAAACGCCUAAUCGUAUUGCAUAUUGGCAGCGCUGCUGGAUUCAUUCCUGGUGGUUUGCUAUGUUUUCAGUCUAAAAAAAAUACAGCAGAUUAUCAUGACGAAAUGAACGGAGACACAUUUUUAGAAUGGUUCCAAAAGGUUUUACCGAUGUUGGAUGAUAAUUGCAUAAUUGUCAUGGACAAUGCUCCGUAUCAUUCGGUAAAAAUAGAAAAAAUACCCAAUACUUCGUGGAGAAAAAAUAAUAUAAUUGAGUGGCUACAAAUUAAAGGGAAAGAAAUCGACGAAACAAUGGUGAAAGCAGAAUUGUUGCGUAUUGUUGCAGGAGAAAAGGAGAAAUACAACAAAUAUGUGAUUGAUGAAACGGCCAAAGAACAGAAUAAAACUGUGCUCAGACUUCCACCAUAUCAUUGUGAACUAAACCCUAUUGAAAUGGUUUGGUCAAUGGUCAAGGGAUGCGUAAAAACAAACAAUACAUCUUUCAAAUUACCAGAGGUGAAGAGAUUGCUUCAAGGCGUUGCGCGAGUAACAGCCGAACAUUGGAACAAUUUUAUUCGACACUCGGUAUCGGAAGAACACAAAUUUUGGGAAAUUGACAACGUCGUUGACAGAAUAAUAGAUGAGGUACAACCCAUAAUUAUUAAUGUGAACGGUGAAAGUGAUUCUGAUAGCAGCGGUACAGACUAGUUUUUUAUGUUUUAAAUAAUAAAAUGUUUUUUUAAUUAAUAUUUUUACCUUUUCAAUAAUAAAUGACUUAUUUUAAACAUAUUUAUAGUUUAUUUUACAUGACGCUGAUAAAUUGAUUACACCUAAUUAACUUACUACACUGAAGAAGCGCCUACGGCUAAAAUUUAAUGUAAAUAGGUCCUGUGUAGCUCGCUAUAGACUUCUCCCACUCUAAUCGCCAAAGCGCGAAGCAAGUCCAUUCUCUCGUUGGACAAGGUAUAGUCUCCCGUCAUGUGACUUGGGGAAUUUGCAAGCUUAGCAAAUGCAAUUUGUUAUAUCCAUUCUGUGAUAUUAAGUGUUAAGUGUUAUUGCAUAUUUUACAUAUACAUUUUACAGUAGUUUUUUUAAUUAUCGUGUUACUAUCAAAUAAGAGUCAAUUUCAUAAUGAGAAAUAGUUUCUUUUAGAAUCAAUGUCGCGCAAUUUGUAUUCUAGGUCAUGUGACUUAGGGCAAAUCAUUGCCAUUUUAGCAGAUCAUGUUGGAACAGCUACAAUGCACUGAAAGUCGGUUUUAGCUCCAUCCAUAGUAUACUGUCAAAUCUAUGUGUCUAACUUCGCAAAUAAUUAAGCUACAACAUAUACUAGAGACAAGUAUUGAAAUUUAUUAUUGAAUUUGUUUUUUUUUAACAAUACAAGAAAGUUAUGAUGAAUUUUCUAGUCAGAGCCAUUCAAAAGUCAGUAAAACAACAGACAGCCGACUUACUUUAUUGGCACAUGGAAUUGUAUGUAUACAUGAAUGAAAUGCACAUUUGUGUUUAGUUUUUUUUUUUUUGAAAGAAUAUUUAAAAAACUCAUUAUAAUAAUGAAUUUAU